GACAAAUCUCAUUCAGUAUCAAAAAAUUGAUCAAUUAUAUGUUAUUAUAUUAUUUAAGAGCAAUCCACUUGAGGUGGAUGUUUGUUUAUGUUAGUUAAUGUUUGAGAUAUCACAAUCAUUUUAGAUUAAAAAGUAGUCGAUUACUUAAGUGGAUUAAGAUUGCCUGGCGACUAUUCACGGAACAAGACAGUCUAUGGGCGCGGGUUAUCCGGGAGAAGUACCUUAGGGUGCGAGAUGGGGUAUGGUACCCAAGACGUAGUGGGCGGUUAUCGAAUUUGUGGAGGGGAGUUCUGCGAGUCUUACACUAUAUCCCAGAAGGGACCAUGUGGAACAUUAGGAGCGGCAUGCAGACAUUGUUUUGGACUGACCGGUGGUUACAAGAUGGACCGCCACUUGCGGAGUUUGCCCCAAAUCUUCUUGUUGCUGCCAGGAACUUGCGGGUUGCUGAAGUAGUCUUGAAUGGAGACUGGAAUAUGGACUUUUUCCGGGCUCACCUUCCGGAGGCACUCGCGUUACAAGUGCAGCUCCACCUGGUCCCGGCGGAAAUUGAAGCUGACGUUCCCAUGUGGAGAUUCUCCGAGUCGGGGCGAUUUACUUUGCACACUGCGCACGAGCUCCGAAGGGAGGAGGAGGCUAGGGAGCAGCAUCUUGUCUGGAAGACUGUUUGGAAGAUCGAGGGCCCCCAACGCACUAAACAGUUCUUCGGGCUGGUCCUCCACAAGAAACUUUUGACGAAUAGCGAACGAUGUAGAAGGCAUCUGGCGAGCUCGGAUAGGUGUCAGGUGUGUGGGGGCGGACCGGAAUCAGUUAUUCAUGUCCUUAGGGACUGUUCCUACGCUAGAAGUGUGUGGUCAUCACUGCUGGUCGACGAACCGGAUACAGACUUUUUUGAAGCAGAUGUUACAAGGUGGGUUCUUCACUAUCUUUCAGGAAGGAGUAAGGCCAUUGAACCGAGUCUUUUUGCCAUUCUCUGUUGGCAAUUGUGGAAUAAUAAAAACCAGUGGGUUUUCGAAGAGAAGUUAGCAGGGGAGGAGCAGUUGGUUCGAGUGGCUAAGCAAAUGUGGCAUCAGUCAGCAUAAGCAUUGAGCAGAGGUCAGCUUGCAGUGGGAGGGGGUUCUGCGAAGACACGACAACUGAUUAGCUGGCAAGGUCCGCCGACUGGAUGGCUGUGUGUGAAUACGGAUGGUUCUGUGAAUCUGGCAGUUGGCAAUUCGACGGCAGGGGGUGUUCUCCGAGACGAAUUUGGCCGCUUUAUGGGAGGUGCUCCAGACCGAUUCAGCAGCAGCCCUCUCGUUAAUUCGGUCGACGGAUUCUUGCCAUCCUCAUUUCACAAUGACUUCCAGGAUUCGCCGACUGCUGGAGAGGGACUAGGAAGUCUCACUUGUUCACGUAUUCAGGGAAGCAAACUUUGUGGUGGAUUAUUUGGCUUCAGUUGGGCACACCCUUCCAAUCGGAGUGCAUGUUUUUGAUAUCCCUAGCCCUACUUUGAGUUAUUGGCUGUACUUUGACUCUAAUGGGGUUCAAACCUCUCGUUUUAUUAAUAGUUAAGGGAUAGAGCGCCCCUCUGCGCUCUGUUUUUCACAAAAAAAAAAAAAAAAAAAAUUAGUGGCUUCUACAUGUUUUUGGUACUUUCUAUUUGAUACAUGGUAUGAUUUGUUAGAACUUAGAAGAUAAGCACACCAUACUAGCAACAAAUGAGAACAACGAAUGGAUAAUGUCAAGAUAAAAUUGCCGAACAACCAAUUUCCUAAACACCAAAGUUUAGUAUUGACUUGUGAGAGUGAGAGAACGGGAGAAAACUUUAAUAGUGGUUGCAUUCGUCAAACGUAGACCAAAAUAUUGAUCAAUGAACUUCUAAUGAAAUAGCAAGAUAAAUGUCACGUGGCAAGUUUAUUUAAGCUUCAAGGAAUCUUGGGUCCAAAUUGUGUCUUGCUUUAGUCCAAGUGGUAAAACCCAUGUUGGUAUGUAACCUUUUUUUCAAAAGUUUCCUCUAUAAUAUAUGGUCAAGGUAACUAAAACGUAAUAAUCACGAGCAUUCUCCUCAAAAUCGAACACACAUAGAUCCUCUUUUCCUCUAUUGUUUGCUUUGCACACAUAAGUCUUUUCAUGUUGCCAUUAACCAUGUUAUCGAUUCUAAUUAUAUUCAUUGUCUUAAAAUACAUAAUCAUUAUCCAACAAUUUCACACUUACUAUUUUAGACUACUCAUAUCUCUUCCUUCGUGCCUCUGUCCCAGAGUGUCAUCAUUUUCUGUAGCUCCUCCAGUCAUAUCAACAUGCUAGUGGGUGUUAGAAACCGAACAGAAAAAUUAGGGUUACCGAUCUGGCUGAGUCGCGGACUAGGUCGCUCUCUUUAAGACGUUCGCGGCACUGCCUCGUAAUGCGCACAACAGACUAUCAACCGGUCGCCUCCAGGAUAAAACAACCAUUCUGAUUUUAUUGCUCAUCGGUUUUGUGCGAAAACCAGAGCUCUAUGAAUUCACUCUCUCUCGUGUUUCUGCUCUUCUGAGGUGUGUUUAGAGGGUCUGGGGCGUCUCCUAUUUAUAGGAGCAGAAAACCCAGAAUAUUCCCUCUUUCUUUGGGAAUAAGUCAUAUUUUAAUUAGGAAGAUAAUUACUCCCGUAAUUAAAAUAUAAUCUAUUAAGAUAAUUAUUUCUAAUUAUCUCCAUAAUAUUCCUUUUAUUAAUUAUCCAUCUUAUUUAAGUAUUAUGGGAAAAUACUGGAUAAUUAAUUAGGAAUUUCAUUUAUAGCUUUUCAAAGCUAUUCAUCCCAACAAUCCCCCACAUGAAUAGUUUUGAAACUAUCUCUGAGCAUCAACAGUUCCAUAAGAUCGGGCAUAAGCUAAGGUAUCGCGAAGAUUUGAACCUUAGCAUAGUGGUUACACUUCCGAUUUCAUAAGGGUGACUCGUAGUCUUGAACUCUAUCUCAGACAAUGUAGCACACCGGAUCUUUUCAUUGAGUGAUAUUCUCUCGUAGGCCGUGCGUUUAUGGCCAUGCACGUUAUCCCGUUUUAGUGAACGCUCUAGCAACUUUGUGCCUCCAAAGUUCCAUAGGAAGCGGCCUCACUCCCACAUUCACAUAGGUGAGUCUAUCAGAAGUACCCCCAAAGUAAAGUACUUCACUCCACAUAGAGUAUAGAUCUCAUUAAGAGUUUAAAUCAACCUCCAAGGCUUUGGGAUUCAUGCUUCACUAUGCAUGAACUUAUCUCAAUAUUAAUCAUGACUUGUUAUUACCCAUUGAACCCGUUUCUUGGGAUCUCCAGUCUAUCGGGUCGGGUUACCAUCACUUGUAAUCCAUGGUUCGGUAGGCAUAAGUCUCAUACCCAUCAUUGCACUUUGGACUUUCUCUCUAGUUAAUCCUUUCGUCAAAGGAUCAACUAGAUUCUGUUGGGAUCUUACAUGAUCCACCCUCAUUGCUCCUAUCGUUAGGAGUUCUCUUACAGUACUGUGCUUACGACAAAUUUGUCGUCUCUUUUUGUUCUAGAACUGGUUCCGUUCUUUAGUAAUAGUUGCGGUGCUAUCACAAUGAACCAACUACCGGAGGGAUCGGUCUUUCCCAUAGGGAAUCUAUAGUAAUGACCCUCUCAAUCAACUUUUCUCUUAACUAGCCAAUGCUAGCUCUAUCAUUUCUGAUUUCUUAGGUGAUUGAGCCAGGAUUGUUUACUUCUUAGACUUCCAAGACAUAGCUUCUCUAUCGAUGUUUAAAACACAUCAUCUUGUUAUCUUGGAGUCCUCUAUAGGGUAUUCUAAUCCGCAUCACUAUACCCUACCAAUACAGAAAAAACCGCUGAUAACUUAUAUCAAGGUCUAUUGUUCUCUUAAGGUGUCUCAUGACCCCUUUCAAUAGAAUUUCAAUGCUUCAUACUAGGACAAUUUGUAGACCUGCCAAGUGCCCCACUAUGUUGGGUUUCAUGUUUAUCAGCUGCCUCUCGCAGACUAUCGAAGCUAGUAUGUUCUUACUUUCUUACACCGUUUUUGGUGCUCUUUUAAAAAAUUGUACUAGCAUCUUCAAACAUUUAGGCAAGUGUACAACUUGUAUUUCUUAUAGAUCUUAACCAGACAGUUAGAUUGAUCUAUAAAAAAAUUCUUUCACUGUCCUAGUUAUUUGGUUCUCACUCACAUUUAUUCAUGUCAUGAGUCUUUGCAACAAAGAUCAACAUGUCUUUUAUAGUGCAAGUGUCGUUCUCAAGUUAGUAACAAAUGCACUUGCCACUUUCAUUCAAAACCAUGAGAGAUAACCAUCCAUCCAUGCCAUGAUCUUUAAAGUCUGUUUCAAAUCAUACCAUGAUUUGUCUCACCAUAGACUUUAAAAGCAUGUUCAAUAAUAACAACCGUUUAGGUUGUCCCAAUUUCGAUUUCUUUAUCUAAAUCACCAUUCACAAAAUGCAAUUUUAACAUCCAUCUAAUGCACCACUAGCAAUCAGACCAUACAUGGAUGUUAUUCCAGAUUUGGUGAAUAGAUAUCAAGAAAAUCUACAUUUUCCCCCCGCCUAAAGUCUUAACUACUAGGCGAUCCUUAUACUCAUAAACUAAACCAUUACAUUUCAGUUUUCUUUUGAGAAUCCAUUUAUUACCUAGGCUUUAUUGCCAGGAGGUAAUUCUCAAAGAUGCCAAAUCUUGUUCGAAUCUAUCGAUAUAUUACCCAAGGCUUUACAUCCAAGAGGUAACUCUACAAGAUUUUAUGUCAAAAUAGACUCCAAUAAUUCCAUUUCGUUAAUAAUGGAUUUACCCACAAAUCUACAUCUGUAUGGAAGUUCGAACUUCUAGCAGACUUGUAGGAUCUCUUCUUAGGGUGUAAAUAACAAAUUCAUAACCAAAAUCAUUCAAUGAUUUAUGGUUCAUUUGUCUCUUCUGAGUUCAUACCCAUAUUUAUCACCUCCACUAGUUAUCCAUUAUUUCUAAUAACAAGCAAGAUACCCCCACUAUUUCUGAUUUAAAUGGAAUGACAUUAAUGGAUUCUACACAACAAUGAGUAUUUCAUUUUUUGAACUUAUGUGUUCUAUUCUUGAUAGCACAAUCAAUAAAUCACUCUCAUGCUCAUCUAUAUUGCACUGAUUCUCAAACUAUACCAUAUGAAAACACAUUUCAUAAAUAAUGUUUUACAUCAAAAGCAUGUCAAAAGCAUCACAUCGUUAAUUAGUGCAAUCAAUAAUAAUGUGAUAAAGCAUUUCACAUUAUUCUCGUUCACCCAUUUCAAAAUGAAUCAAAAUUCAAAGAUUCCGAUUUUCUAAUCACAUAUUUAAGAGUUAUUUCUCUUUAUCAUCAUAUGCAUACUCUCAUGACCAUGACCAAUAGUGGAGUGAGCAAUACUCAACAACACUUUCUUAAUAGCAUAUGUCUUAGUAUGCUUCGAGAUACCACUAUUCUUCAGAGUUACCAGCAUGGUUAAUCUCUGCUCUUUUGUCAAUCAUCACAGCUACCAAUUCUUCUCUUCAAUCAAGUUAACACUAGAACCAAUGUUAUACUUGUUCCUACACUUUCGUGUCAUAUGACCAUAGCAUAAAUAUGAAACACAUAAUCAUAAUCUUUAGCUAAUAUUUCUUUCUUUUUUUGAGAAAUAAUACACAUAUAUCAAUAUCUACACCUUUAAGUAUUAUACACAAUACAAUAACAAAAUAUGAGAAAAUAAUAUUAUAUAUCCAUACUUUAUGCAAUGAAGAAAAUGGUUAUCACCCAACAUACUAAAUUUUAGUUGAAAGAAAAUCUUAUUCACUCAACAAAAAAAAAAAAAAAAACAACAACCCUAUCUUAUGGUACCUACCUCGCUAACGCACAUGACCACAUCAAUGUGCAUGAAAACUUCAGCCCGACUUUCAUGAUUUGUCUUGUACUACGCUUAUUCCAUAUUAAAAUAAUUAAAUCCGA